AUGACUAAUCUCCAAAUUCUAACCGAACAAAAACCCGCUGAAUCCAACACUGAAAAUCAAGUCCCUCUUCUAACUUCAAAUUCAAAUCACCAACAUGAAGACCAAGCUGCUAAUAACAAAACUGAUACUGAAGUUGAUAAAACCCUCGCGCGUUUGGAACUCUUUUUGAAUAUCUUAGGGUUUAAUCCGCGUUCCGUUUUAUACUCCGUCAUUUGCUGGACGGUUUUCUUCAUACUAGGAGUGGCGCUUCCGUUGACGGCGUUGUGGAUGUGCGACUGUCCGGAGUGCGAGAAAUACGAGUUACGCGGCUGUGAAAUGGUGAUUGUUGCAUUUCAGGCGAGUCUCGCCGCCGUUUCUCUGCUCUGUCUUUCGCACUGUUUGAGGAAGUAUGGACUCCGCAGGUUUCUCUUCGUUGACCGCUAUACUGGACACGUUGCUUGCUUUCAUCGCGAUUAUGUCAACCAGAUUUCGGGAUCUUUGCGUCUAUUCAUUCUGUGGGUAUUUCCAUGUUUCCUCCUGAAGACAGUGCGAGAAAUCAUUCGCAUUUCAUAUAUACAACAUGGAUCAUGGGGGUUGUCGAUUAUGAUUUUUAUAGCUUUGAUUGUAUCAUGGACAUAUGUUAGUGCAAUCUCUCUAUCAGCCUGCAUUUUGUUUCACUUGGUCUGUAAUUUGCAAGUUGUCCAUUUUGAUGAUUAUGGGAAGCUCUUGGAGAGGGAGAGUGAUGUGUUAGUGUUUUUAGAAGAACAUAUGCGGCUGCGCUAUCAUCUUUCCAAGAUAAGCCAUAGGUUCAGAAUCUAUCUUCUUCUGGAGUUCUUGGUUGUCACUGUUAGCCAAGUUGUGACUCUGUUGCAGCUCACAGGAUAUCGUGAUAUGGUUACCAUCGUAAACGGUGGAGAUUUUGCUGUAUCCACACUUGUUCAGGUGGUUGGUAUCAUUAUUUGUCUUCACGCAGCUACAAGAAUUUCUCAUAGAGCUCAAGGCGUUGUUUCGCUUGCAAGUCGGUGGCAUGCCAUAGCAACAUGCACAUCUUCUGAUACGUCACAAAUGAGAAGCUCCGUGAGUGCGGGGAACCUUGAGGUUGCAAACCAUUUAAACUCAAUACAGAUAGACUAUUCUGAAAGUGAUCUGGAGUCGUUAGAUUUUGGAGGAAUGGCUGUAAAUACCCAAUUGGUUUCUUAUAUGUCCUCACAUCACAAGAGGCAAGCUUUCGUAAUGUACUUGCAGUCAAAUCCAGGAGGAAUCACUAUAUUUGGAUGGACAGUGGACCGGUCUCUUGUCAACACAAUUUUCUUCCUAGAAUUAAGUCUGGUUACAUUUGUUCUGGGUCAGACGUUGAUCUCAUGA